AUGUCACAACCAGGACAAUAUAACUAUCCACCACAACAACCUCCUGCUGCUUCCGCUGGACAAUAUUCACAACCAGGUCAAUAUAACUAUCCACCACAACCAACUUCAUUAGAUAAACAACAACAACAACAACAACAACAACAAUAUCAACAACAACCUGCUCCUGGACAAUAUCAACAACAACAACAACAACCAGCUGCUGGACAAUACCAACAACCAGGUCAAUAUAAUAACUAUCCACCACAACAACAACAACAGUAUGGAGCACCACAAGGUCAAUAUAACUACCCUCCACAAGCACCAGCUCCACAAGGAUACCCAGGUAUGAAUAGUGGUGCCUAUGGUUACCCACAAGCAGCUCCAUCACCAUAUGGAUAUCCACAAGCACCAUAUGGAGCUCCAUCCCCAUACGGAGGUUAUCCAGGUGCCGUUCCAUCACCAUACGGUGUUGGUUACCCAUCUUAUGGUGCACCUGCUAUGAAUGUACCAGUCGUUGGCCCAGCUGCUGUUAUCGCUGCCCCUACUCUAUUGGCAGUAGAUGUAAACUAUGUCAUACAUUUCAAGGGAUGUCGUCUCGACAGAAAAGAUAUUUUAUCUAAAAGUGAUCCAUUCUUUACAUUGAGUGUUCCAUCUAGACCAGGUAUUACCUCAUUGGCAAGUUACAAAUCAAGUAAGAAGAGUGGUGGAAGUGGUGGUGGUUGGACUGUUGUCUACCGUUCCGAAACCAUUCGUGAUAAUCAAAAUCCAACUUGGGCUCCAUUCAAGAUUUCCUUAAAUACACUCGGUGGAUUGGAAAGACCACUGAGACUAUGUGUCAUGGAUCAUGAUUUAAAUGGUGCUCAUGAUAAAAUUGGAUCUGCUAAGAUUUCAUUAAGAGAAGCAAUGGUAAUGAAAGAGAUUAGAUUAAUUAACAAGAAGAGAAUUGGAUUUGGUUCCACAUCUGGUCUUGUCGAAGUUUUAAAAAUCGGUCCAGAGUAA